AAAGCUAUUUAGUAACCAAAGCUGUUAUCCUCAUCGCCAUAUCCAUAACUACUUCAUAUACAAGCCUAUAUAUAUUCCAGUUAUAGCAGUAGCAACCAGCAACUGAAACAAAGAAGAAGAGCAACACUGUCAUUAACCAUGUACUUCUCCUCAUGCACGUUACUUCUCUUCCUUAUCCUAACCACACAUCACUUUACAGUACCUUCACACUCAGAAAAUUGCAACCCAGAGGACAAAAAAGAACUUCUCCAAAUCAAAAAACAGUUUGGCAACCCAACCGAACUCUCUUCAUGGGAUCCAACCACCGACUGCUGUAACAGUACAUGGCUAGGUGUAGAUUGCGAUAACUUCACUCCAACCUACCGCGUCACAGACCUCGAUUUCUCCGACCUCGACCUCCCCAAACCCGUCCCAAUUCCACCCUCUAUCACUAACCUCCCUUCCCUCGUCUCACUCUCUGUCACCCGCGUCCCCAACCUCGUCGGCCCUAUUCCGCAGUCAAUCGUCAACCUCACCAAACUCCGGUACCUCUCUAUCAUCCAAACCAACAUCACCGGCGAGAUACCUGAGAUACUCUCACAGAUCAAAACCCUUGUAACCAUCACCCUCACUAACAACAAACUCACCGGUCCCCUCCCCGCCUCACUCUCCUCUAUCCCCAGCCUCGUAGGAAUUGGAUUCGAAGGCAACCAACUCACCGGAACAAUACCUGAAUCGUACGGCUUCUUCCCUAAACUCUUUACAGGGUUGCUUCUCUCGCGAAACCGGCUCUCUGGGAAGAUUCCGGCGUCGCUGGGAAAUCUUGACCUUUCGGAUGUGGGCUUGUCACGGAACGCUUUCGAGGGUGAUGCUUCAAUGUUUUUUAAGUCGAAUAUAAGUACACUCACGAUAUCUUUGGCGAUGAACUCGUUUUCUUUUGAUAUUGGGAAAGUUGGAUUGUCCAAAGAUUUGAAUACUUUGGAUUUGAGGAACAAUAAAAUCUAUGGUGUGCUACCUCAGGGACUUGCAGAGCUUCGGUUUUUGCAUAAAUUGAAUGUGAGUUAUAAUAACCUGUGUGGUCAGAUUCCACAACUGCGGUUUGAUCAAACUUGUUACGCUCAUAAUAAGUGUUUGUGUGGUUCUCCUCUUCCCGCUUGCAAGUCUUGAAAUGAAUUAAUGGAUACCAUAAAAUUAUACUAUAUGAGUUUUGAAUAAAGAAGAUGGUGGUCUUCAUUUACAUUAUGAUCUAUACGAAUAAGUUUAUUAAGAAAUAAAUUAAUUUUGAUAUAUUGUAAUAAGUUUGCAUUAAGGACAAUUACUCCUACUUAUAUGAGUGACAUUAGAAGUAGUGUCA